AUGUUAGCCCGCUACAUCUGCUGCUGUCCCGCUGCACGGUGUAGCGAUGCUAACAAAGUACCGUACGUUAAACACGAUGUGAUUUAGCAUAUUUUUAGUAUCGAUACUUCAUUAAGAGAGCGAUCAGAGCGCACGCGCUGCUCCGUGUCGAGCUGUCUGCGCAGCGCUAACAGCGAGAGAAGAGGCGGAGCUUAGAGACUUCGGCUUAAAAAAUACAAAGAUGCCAGAAGUGAAAUGUUUCAGUCUGUAAAGUUGUGUAACUCUCCAGCUGCUCAUCCUGAUGAACUGUGGAUCAUCUGGUCAGAGACUAACGGCCUCAUAGUGUAUAAUCAAUGCUAUGAUGGAACCAUGUAGUUUCAUUCAUAUCUGGCUGUAUUAAUACUCAUAUUACUGUCAUUUGUUAAGUGUUGAAAAAGUUGGUAAAAAGUGAACCAUACAGAUGUUUUAUUUAUUACUAUUAUAGAUAAAUAUACCAGUCUCGUAUUUAUGGUACCAUAUUGUUUUUAUCUUAUUGUAUUGAAUUCUGGUAUCGGGUAUCAUGAUAUUUAUGGCAGGUAUGUAAUAUGUAUAGCAGUUAUAAUAUGAGUAUCGUGACAAACAGGUAGAGACAGAACAGAUUCAGGGAGAAGUCCAUGAGGACUGGUCAGGAAAAAAAAGGAAGUUGGUUCAUGAAUGACUUUAACCAUAUUAUAUAUAAUGACAAUGUAUAUUUGUUAUUACUAUCAUUAUAGGGCUGAGUCAGAGCGGAGGACCUUUUGUUCUUAAACUGUUUAUUAUCAUUAUUUAGAUUUGUGGUCAGAACAAUAAUAUGACUAGUUGUGGUUCUAAAAGCUUUGAGGCUUCAAACAACGUGGAUGUGGUGACAACAAAACAAAAAGUCACCUGCACCCCCCCCCCCCCGUUGUCACCUUUUUCACCCCUCAUGAGUUUGCAGGUGUGUGACGGUGAGCAGGUGAAGCCCCCCCCCAAACGCAGACGCAUCCUGGACGCGUCGGCCGUGGUGUCGGUGCCGGUCUACUCCAACAAGGUGAGCAGCAGCCUGCGCCUGCAGCCGAUGGCGUCCGUGUUCACCGGCCACGACAACUCAGACGACGGCUUGUGGUCGAGGUUUUCUUCUCGAGUCCCGGCGCCGAACGCCGUGGAGCUCAGCGACUCCGAGGAGGACGACGCAGAACCGAAGAACACGGAGAACGUGGAGCGCUCUCUAAAAAACACGUGGCUCUCAAAAGAAGGUUCUCCUGAUGAACAGAACCGGGUUCUCUGCUUCAGAACCGAGUCCUGCUGCCCCUCUCCACCGGAGAGCCCAGAGCAGAAGCAGUCGAGACAAGUCCAGAGGAAGCUCAGUGAGGCCGACAGGAAGCUGCGGGCGGUGAACUCCUUCCUGUCUCCUGAGCGUCCGGACAGGAAGUCCUUCCAGGACGACGAUGACGAAGAUGACGAUGACGACGUGAACCCCUCUGGCCUCCGGCGGUCCCCCUACAGCUCGGCGCUCCGGGAGAUCCCCCUAAAGAUCCGCUGCCGGACCGACGUCCACAAGAUCCUGGUUCAGUCGUCGACGCCUCUGAGUGACGUGUUGACCCAGCUGUCCGUCGUCCUCGCCGUGCCGCCUCCUCGCCUCCUGCUGCUCAGGAAGGAGGAGGAGCUCCCGUUGGGCGCCACCGUCGGCGAGCUCGGCCUCGGCAUCGCCGACAUCCUCGAGUGCGUUGUCAUGGCGGCGGAGGACGACCGCGGCGUCACCGUGAGACUGCAGAGCAAAGACCGGGCCGCCGCCCAGGAGUUCACCCUGCAGCGGGACUGUCCUCUGGGCUCCAUCUUCUCUCUCUAUCUCUCCCCCCUCCCCCCCGCCGCCCAGAAGAAGGUGCGCUUCCUGUUCGAUGGCGGCCGCGUGGCGCCCGGUCAGACGCCGGCGCAGCUGGAGCUGGAGGACGGCGACAUCAUCGAAGUCUGGCUUUAGGUUGCUAGGUCACCAGCGAGUUACGUUAACAUGACAUCAUGUUUCAGAACAUUCAUAUUUGUACAAUUGUAAACUUAUUUAACUCUACUUUGUACUUUUUCUUUUUUCACUCCUGGAAAUAAUAAAAAUUAGUUGCAAUUUC